GCUUUAUUUUCUGGACACCGUUUCGAAAUCUGCCAAAUAUUUUUUUUUAAAUCAUUUCUAAUAAUAUACCAAAAUGACUAAUUGAUAGCUCCAAGAAUUUUGUAGAAGAAUCUGUUUUGCAAACUAUAAUUCUAGUUUGAGACGGAACGAAGUACAGGUUUGUUGUGAUGGUAAAAAGUGUUACUGACUGAAUGAAGUUUCCAAAGCAAUUCAUAUACGAUUGACAAUGAGUGAAGGAGUUGUUAUCAUUGACAACAGUGUGGACAAAGAAUUAGCCUUUAAAAUGGCGCAGAUGAACAUCUUUCAGACAGACAAUGCAGAGGAAUUUGAUGCUGAAAAUGCUGACUCUGACCAUUGUAUAAAUGCAGAAAACUGUCUGAAUAUAACAGAUUUGCCAUCAGAAAUUCUGAUCCAUAUAGCAUCGUUCCUAGAAUCUCGUACAGUUAUAUUGUCACUGUAUGGAGCAUGUAAACGGUUCUAUGAGUUGUUCUCGGGCGACAAAUAUUGGAAGACGAGGAUCUCGCAAAGAUGGUCUAAGCAGUAUCCUGUAAUUGAAAGAGAUGAUUUUAAUUGGCGUAAAGCUUGCAUGGAACGUGAGGAAAUUCACACGAUGUGGUCAAAUCCAGAAGAACAUUUCAACCACUUCAUGUUGAAGGAAGGAUUUUUUGCUGCAGUGGAUGUUGUUCACUUAAUGAAGAAUGGAAAAUAUUUAGCAGUUGGUUCAAGGGACCGCCAUCUGAACAUUGUGGAUCUUACAAAAUAUGAUUGUGAAAAUCAAGACCAAAUAAAAGAUAUCAUUGUUGCCUCGGAAACAAAGGUUCACAAGGGCUGGGUUUGGUCAAUGGCUUCCAAUGAUGACACACUGGUCACAGGGUCGUGGGAUACCUACAUACGUCUCUUUGAUUUCAACAGUGGGGAAAUCAGAAAAAAUUCUGAAAUCAAGCUAAAAUCUGCUAUACUAGGGUUGCACUUUGAGCCAAACUUCAUUGCAGCAGGUGGUUUUGAUAAAAGAUUGUACAUGCUAGACCCACGUGCCCCAAAUGAUUAUAUAAGGAAGCAUUAUCAUGCGCAGCCCAUACUGAGUGUGAAAGCAGACGACAAAUAUGUUAUAACAGGAAGUGAGGACAAGGUGGUGGCAAUCUAUGACAGAGUGGCUGGCAAGAAGUAUAAGACUAUUGAGACGGAGAAUUUUGUCUUGAGUAUGAGUUACGGAGAUGGUCAGUUGUGGAUGGGGGACAAAUUGGGUAAACUACAUGUGAUGGACACUAGAGAUGGUCUCUUUGAUGAAAAUUCGAUAAAGACGUUUGAUGUAGGGCACAAUGGCCGGUUGACUGGCGUGGUUCAUACAGAUGGUGGUAUAUUCACAUGUUGUUCAGAUUCUUGUAUCAAAGUUGUGGAACCAAGCUACGACCCAGGAUUAAUAAACAGUGUCAAAGUUCAUACAGGAGAAGUUGCUGGGAUCAGCUAUGAUAAUGGCGUACUGGCAAGUGCUGGAGCUGAUAUCUCAGUCGGAGUCUGGAUCCCGAAAAAUAGGGCAUACUGAAACACACACAGAUGAGAACAAAGACAAUGAAUUCUUAAAGAGUUCUACAUAGUAGUGAGCAGACUGCACUGUUGUAGAGUAUUCUAUGAAAUAAAACUUUACGUUCUACACAUACACUGUGAUUUUAGUACACUGCUGUAAAAUGUAUGUUUAUAAUGAAGCAGGAAUAGUGAAUUUACAGUACAACAUGAAUCACUCAAGGUCACAAAGUGCUCAAGUUAUCCAGAUUUUUGAGCGAUCCAAACAGAAAAUGGAAGAAAAAUAUCCGUGACCACAUAAUUUGACAGGUAAACCUGGAUGCUGGAGUGAAUGGUGCUUCACUGUAAUUUCUAGAAUACUUUAUACAGUUAUUAAGUCAUGGAUCAUUUAUCCUACUACUGUACAGUCAAACUUUGUUCCCACAAACACGACGAGACAGGGAAAAUUUGUUCAAGUUAUCGGUAUUUCAGUCCAUUGAACAGAGUAUAUUGGGAUUUUGCUGGGACCUGACAAUGAGAGUGAAGUGUGAUGUUCAAAUUAUCUGAGUUUGAAUGAACAAAGUUUGACUGAAGAUAGUGGUGAUGUCAGUCUUAGUGUCUUGUUGAUAACCAUACAAUUUUAUACAUGUCUAAUUGUUUAUCAGUACAUGUAAAUGCAUGUUUCACCUUGUAUAUACUGUACUUGGUUUGUCAUGCUUUUUUCACAUACUGGUUAUAUUUCAGACCUGUAUUUUGAUGGAAUAGCUUUAUAUAUAUGGCGCUUUUAAAUAACAGGAUUUUUGUCCUGAAAAGCAGUACUUUGAAAUUCCUGAAGAAUGUAUUGCAGUAUCCUUUUAAUAGAGACCUCAUAUGCAGAAAGGGACCAUUGUCACAUUCUAGAGUUAAAUAGAGGCAGUAAUUUUUUAGGUGCACUUUAAAUUCAUUGGCAUGUGUUUGACAGUUUUGUUAAUACAUUUAUCUACCGGUAAUUGGUAUAUACCUAAAAGUUUUUUUUAAUAGCUUAUGUAAAAUGGUCUGGUCAUAUACGAAAAAGACAAAGCAGUCAAAUAUCCAGAGUUAAACACAGAUUCAAUUACAUCUUUCUGCUUAUUUUUGGAGCAGUUAUUAUAUGAAUUUAAUAGUGCUAAAGCCUUUCUGAAUUCAGUUAGCAAAUGAAGUUGUAUGUCUUGGAAGCUGAAGAUGUAGUUACCUCCCUUUGACAAAUGGUCCCUUUUAAUUUACUUUACAAGCUGACUGUGAUUUUCUUACCCUGUUGAAUGUGUUCAGAUUUUUAUUAUGUAAUGAACAUUUAUGUUUGUGUUAUAUUUAUUUUUGUGAUUCUAUUGGUUUAUGUAAGAGUUUUAAGGCUUUGUGUUUUGUACUUUUAAGAAUAAUGUGUUCUCCACAUAAGUUUUUUGGUCUGGUAAAAAAAUAUCAGUAUCAAAAAAUACCACUGUAGUUGUUUUAUUUUGACAUUUAAAGCGAUUCAUUAAAAAUAAAUCUUGUAGAUUUUAAAA